AUGGCAGAGAAGAAACAGCAGACCUAUGCAUCAGCAACUGGCUACUCCAGAACUACUGACCAUGAAUCGGCACCCUUCCAAACCGACGAGGAGCUCAAACGCCAGAAGAGGAUCAAGUUGUUUACCUAUAUUGGUAUUUUCAUUGUGUUUCAGAUCGUAGUGAUGACUGUGUUUGGUCUCACCGUGAUGAAGGUCAAGACCCCAAAGGCUAGGUGGGGAGAGAUAAGUGUUGAAACCCUCAACUCUGUUCCUGAAACACCUUCGUUCGACACAAAGUUCACAACCCAGAUAAGGAUCAAGAACACAAACUGGGGUCCUUACAAGUUUGAUGCAGGUACUGCCACAUUUUUGUACCAAGGUGCUAUAAUUGGGCAGGUUGCUAUCCCUAAGAGCAAGGCCGGAAUGCGUUCCACCAAGAAGAUCGAUGUUGAGGUGACUUUGAAUACUAAUGCCUUGUCAAGCAGUUCCACUCUUGGAACUGAAUUGAGCAGCGGGGUGUUGACGCUGACUAGCCAAGUUCAAUUGAAAGGAAAAGUUGAGUUGAUGCUUAUAAUGAAGAAGAAUAAGAAUGCCUCCAUGGACUGCACUAUAGUAUUUGAUUUGUCAGCAAAGACGGUCAAAAGCUUAACAUGCAAGUGA